AUGUAUAAUGCAAUGACCAUAAAAGAGCCUAUUGUGGCUCAGCAUAUGGGUGUUGAGGUGUAUUUCGCUCAUGGUUUGCGUAAAAUCCAACCUUAUUAUCAUUCGCGAACAUCUUUUGCCAAAGGGCGCUGGUUGAAGCGAAGACUAUUGGAUGUGUUAGCCGACGAAUUCAAAUCUCACUCUCGGGAAGAAUACGCCAAAGGAAUCGAGCGUGGGGAAUUUCAGAUAAUCCGCGAUGAUUGUGCUCUAAGUUCGGCACAUACUCUUGUCACGGAAAUUCAAAAUAAAGACGUCAUUAGGACUACUUUUCACAAGCACGAGCCACCAGUGCGACAAUGGAGCUCAGACGAAAGAAGCCAAAGUGAAAAAACCAUCGGCGGAAUACAGAUUGUACACGAGUGCAACGAUCUCUUGGUUAUUAACAAGCCGAGUGGGGUGCCAAUUCACCCAACUGGCCAAUACUACCAGAACACUUUGGUAGAAGUUCUAAAAAUGCACGGGAAACAUGUUUUCCCAAGUCAUCGGCUGGACAAGAUAACCUCAGGAGUGCUAAUCUUGACCAAAAAUCCACAUAUGGCGAACAAAAUACAGCAGCAAAUCCGGCAACGAAAUAUGCAAAAGAUAUAUUUGGCAAAAGUUGAGGGCUGUUUCCCCAAAGCGGAAGCACUGAGAUCUUUUAAAGCGUUUGAGGAUCCAGCCAAAAUAACAAUAGAAAACUCAGCGAUUUACACGGUAGAAUUGAAAAAGCAGUUUCCAGCUGCGUUCUCGGUUGCUCGCGAAGCCAUUACGAAAUUCUAUCCUUUGAAAUAUUAUCCUGCUUCAAAUGAGACGCUUGUCGCGUGCCAACCAGUUACUGGCAGGACUCAUCAGAUCAGAAUACACCUAGCGAGAAUGGGAUUUCCUAUAUCGAACGACCCAUUCUACAACGCCAAAAAGACAAAGUACCCGAAGAGACUCCGAUUUAUUCUUGAUACUCACAACUGGAGCGAUGGCAAGCUUACCACGGGAGAGUUGGAAUCGCAUUUUCAUGAUUUUGACCGGGAGUCUAGGUUAGUACAACGCGCUGUAGAUUCUGUUGAUGCUAAUGGAAAUUGCUUUGAGUGCGGUACCACGCUCUUUCCAGAUCCAGAUCUCAAAGACCUGGAACUGUGCUUACACGCAUGGAAAUACUCCGACUCAGAAGGCCAUUUGAGCUUUGAAUCUGAUAUGCCAGGCUGGGUACUAGAGAAGCAAGAGGUAUUUGAGGACUCUUAA